GGUGAAUGUCGUGAACGGUCGCCGUGUUGGCUUCAGUCCUCCUGCUCGCCAAUAAUAACUGGAUGGAUGUCUCACUCGGAGCGGCUGGUUUGAGCUGUUGCGGCGGAAUACAACUGCAAGUGAUGAAGUGAAGAUUUACCAAAGCAGCAAACGGGGAUGUAACGAACCAAGGAGCAGAAUGUCAAGAGGAACAAAAGACACUUCUUCUUGUUAUUCGUCUUCGAGCUCGAGUCUCAGCGGACCAACUAACUAGCAGCUACACCGGCUAACGUUAGCAGACUAGCUAACCUACAUUACGGACAGACUGUAUGAGGUGGAUUCCCCUGCCUGUUUACACUUCAGAGCAUCCUCGCCUGCCUAUCUGCUGAGUGGAUCUGGUUGGUUUUACUCGCCAUGGCAGCAGUGGUCAGCUACUCUCCACCAUGGUGGGUCAACCUGCUGCACAGACUCCCCCACUUCAACUUCAGGUUCGAGCAAACGAGCAGCGAUUUCCGACCAGAGGACUGGACGUAUCAACAGUCCAUCCUGCUGAUCGGAGGCGUGGCGCUUGCCUGUCUGGCUCUGGACCUCCUGUUCCUGCUCUUCUAUUCCAUUUGGCUGUGUUGCCGGCGAAACAAAAACGAAGACCAGCCUAAUGCCGACUGCUGCUGCACGGCCUGGUGUGUCAUAAUCGCAACGCUGGUCUGUAGCGCUGGCAUUGCUGUCGGUUUCUAUGGGAACGGCGAGACUUGUGAUGGAGUGAACCGACUGACGUAUUCCCUCCGCCAUGCUAACCGCACAAUCACUGGAGUGCAGAAGCUGGUGUAUGACAGUACAACCUCAUUGAACCAGACAGUAGAAGACGAUCUGCAACAGCUUGAGGUCCAGUACGCACAGCAUGCCGACUACCUGUCCAUCAUCCAAAAGCUGCAAGGCCAGCUGGAGGAGUUGGUCAGGCAGAUGGUGGAGAUUCCCUUCUGGGACAACAACAGCAUCUCGCUGGAAGAACUGGCCGUCAACAUAGAGCUGUAUGACUGGUAUAGGUGGCUAGGCUACAUAACCCUGCUACUGUUUGACGUUCUCAUCUGCCUUCUGGUGCUGUUUGGCCUCAUUCGCAACUCCAAGGGAACGCUUAUUGGGGUGUGCUUGUUCGGUGUAGUGGCUCUGGUAAUCAGCUGGGUCUCCCUGGGGCUGGAGUUGGCCGUCUCUGCGACCUCCAGUGACUUUUGUGUUGCUCCUGAUACGUAUGUCACCACAGUGACAGACCAGUACAGAGUCGUCAAUCAAGAAAUAUUGCAAUACUACCUUAGUUGCAGUUUGGAACAAACUAACCCCUUCCAGCAGAAGCUUUCCGGGAGCCACAAAGCAUUAGUGGAGAUGCAGGACGAUGUGUCUGAGCUGCUGCGCUCUGCCACCAGAGAGUACACACAAACCAAGGGAAGCUUGGAAGAGAUCCAGGGGAUAUUAAACACCACAGAGAUCAGCCUGCAUCACCUCACUGCACUGGUGGACUGUCGCAGCCUGCACAUGGACUACGUCCAAGCCAUGACAGGACUGUGUUAUGACGGACUGGAAGGCCUUAUCUACCUCGUGCUCUUCUCCUUCAUCACCGCUCUCAUGUUCAGCUCGAUUGUUUGCAGUGUGCCUCACACCUGGCGGGGCAAGCGGAGCGAGGAGGACAGUGAGGACGAGUCUCUGAGCCACGGAGGAAGACAAAACCAUGAUAACUUGUACCGGGUCCACAUGCCCAGCCUGUACAGCUGUGGCAGCAGCUACGGUAGCGAGACCUCCAUCCCUGCUGCAGCCCACACCGUCAGCAACGCACCUGUCACAGAGUACAUGGCUCAGAAUGCCAACUUCCAGAACUCUCGCUGUGAAAACACGCCUCUGAUAGGACGAGAGUCUCCUCCCCCCUCGUACACCUCCAGCAUGCGGGCAAAGUACCUGGCCAACAGCAGACCAGAUCCCAACAACCCUCCGGCGCACUAGACACCACUGGACUCAUCCCAUCCGCAGCACUGACGUUCCUGAAGCCACUCAGCCAUCCAGUCUUCAGUCCUCUCUUCAUAUAGGAUUUUUUUUUUUCCCCCAUCCAGUCUCUUCUGCUUCUCUCCACCAUUAACUGUCUUAAAAUAGAAGAAACCAAAUGUGCUUUCGCUGGUUGGUUGAAGCAAAACUUGAGGACAUCCAUCAUCUCACGCGUCAGGAGCGCAGAUAGUUUUUUUCCGCACUCCUUCCUCUGAUGUUUACUCUGCCAAGAAUCGGUGCUGGGAAUUAACUGCAGCUCAGAUGUGAUGGAGAUUUUUAAAAAAAUAUUUUUUCCUCUCCUUCUUCACACGUGAAUGCACCACAACAUGUUCUGUGUGUCACUUCUAACAAGGCAUUGCAGUGUUGAGGACUGUGGAAGCGCUCCUAGACUAACACUGACUACUACUGGUUGCUUAGUUUUGUAAAGUACUGUACCACACUCUGACGUUACUGUGGGAGAGAAACGCCUUUUACACACACACACACAUAUACACACAUAUACAGGAGGAAUCCACUGUUUUCUUCUCACUUGAAGUGUAGACAACAAUUUCUCACGUACCCAACGUAGGUCAGACUGUGUCGUAGUAUAGAUUGAUUUACAAACUCUCAGUUCCUCAGGACUUCUCUCUGCUUGUGGAGCUUGAAACGCAAGUUCAUGUCGACUUACACACUCAGAUUACUGUGUAUUGCAUUUUGUCUUAAUGUCCGGGACCAGUUUACUGCACGUCUUACAGUCAUCUGAAAUAGAAGUAGUGGUUUUUUUUUUCCUUCUCGGGACACUGUUAUUUCCUGUGGCAUUUAAAAAGAAAAAAAAAAAUAGUGCGAUGAGCCCACAGCAGUGACUGUAACUUGUGAAGCUGGCACAUGAUUUGAUUUGGACGAAGGUGGUGCAGGAUGGAAGCAGCUUGAUGAUGUUUCAUCAGAAAGAAAAAAAAAAUACAAAAGAACUGUGGUGAGUUCGACAAAAAAAAGAAGAUUUUUUUUAAUGUACUACUGGCAGCAGAACCUUUUUUUACGGACGACGGUGACGCAGAGGAGGACGGCGUGUGAAUUUUUGUCCUCCACAAUAUUAUCGCUCAGACGGUUUGCGGUGCCCCCUGUCUUCACCCAACUGCUUGUUAUGCUCUUCAUGUUCCCGUGAGUUUAAAAAGCUCAUCUCCCUAAAACAGAACCGGGGAUUGUCCACUCUCACAUCCUCUGGCAACGACCUUCUCUAGAGAACGCAGCAGUUUAGAGAACAUCCUGGAUUUAUGUGAAAAUCUGUACAUGUGGAGAGGAUUUCCAGGAGAAACUUCAAGGUGUCUCACAAAUGUGUUUUAGCAUUUAUAAUGAAAAGCAGAGAAGGGGGGUGAGUGGAUGCAGUGAAGGGAUUGCGACAACUCUGCUCUCUCUGUAAAAUGUGGAAAUUCUCCUAAAGCAUGACAAACCUUCAGACGUGGAGUGAUGUUCGUACUUGCGCCGCCUCAGCUUGCUUCUCUUAGAUGUGCUUUGUGACCAGUGCAAGAGGCGACGUGGAGACUGUGCCAACAAGUUAAGCACAACUCUUUUUUUUCUUUACUAUCUCGAUACUCUGUACAGUGGACAGCUCCUGGUUGCCUGUGCAAUCAAAUGAGAAUAUUGAGCCUGACUUUUUUUUUUCAUACAAACCAGUUACGCUCUGUUCAGCAUUAUUACACUGAUGCAGUCUUUUUCUGUUUUUGGGUCGUAGUCAUAUUCUCUUUGUUGUUUGUUAUGCAAUGCUGUUGUACAGAUUAUAAACAGUUACAAAAUGAAGAAGAAGAAAAAAACAUGGUGAAAUUGACAUUUUUUUAAAUUUCUCAAGAAGCUUAUUUCACAUUUUUAAAAGCCUUUUUUUUAUUUGAUUUGCUCGUAGGUUUUUUUUUUUUAUUAUUUCAGCUUAGAAUCGUAGCAAGCACAACGUGUUGCUUCAUUAAUGUGAAUAGAUUUGAAAUUUUCAUUGAUUUUUUUUUUUUUUUUUGAGGGAAAAAAAUCACUGUAGAUGUAAUCAGAUUUUUUUUUAUAUAUAUAUACGUCAUUUUUGCAAUUUCUAAAAUGUGUACAUGUAAAAGCUGUGGUUCUAUUGAGCUUGAAUGCUGUGUUUUAAAAUUAAAGAAACCUUAACUGUG